GAUCUUUCCUUGGUUUCCGGAUGACUCAUUUACAGGUUAUACAAUCUGAUCGAAAUUUCAGAUCAAACUUUUUUCAUGAAUUUUACGUCAAGCAGCUUAGAAUCAUAGACAAUUGCAGGAAGAUAGAUCGAGAAAUUGAUGUUAGGCCACGAAAGAAGAAAACAUUGUCAUCUAUGACGACUGAGGUACAAAGGUUGAAGAACCUGAUGCAGUUGUUUGGAUCAUUUUACGCAUCUUCGUCGUCUUCGUCUGAUUCUUCACAAUUAUUUCAGAUGAUGGAAUGGCAGAUCCAGUCAGUUAUGGGAAUUCUGGACGUGACAUUGAACAAGCACUUGUUGUUCUGAAGAAAGGCACUCAACUAAUCAAGUAUAGUCGCAAAGGGAAGCCUAAACUUUGUCCAUUCAGAAUAUCCCCUGAUGAAGCAACACUUAUUUGGUACUCACGUGGAGAAGAAAGAAAUUUGAAGUUAUCUUCCGUCUCACGGAUUAUUGCUGGGCAGAGAACUGCUGUCUUUAGGAGGUACCUGCGUCCUGAAAAAGAAUAUUUAUCGUUUUCUCUUAUCUAUAAAAACGGGGAAAGAUCUCUUGAUCUGAUAUGCAAGGACAAAACUGAAGCAGAGGUGUGGUUUGCGGGUCUUAAGGAAUUGAUAUCCACAGGCCAGCAAAGUAGGCGUAGCAGAAGUGAACUUCCUGAUUUUCAAGAAGGUGGCCUUUUAUUUGGUGCAGCAUUAGAAGUUUCUUCAACUCUUUCCCGUGAUAAUCCUCUGAAUUUGAUAAGCCCAGAUGUUGGGUCAGAUCGUGCAAGUAUGCAAAGACCAAGUAAUGCAGAUGGUGGUUUCCGGAUUAGUGUUUCAAGUGCAGCUCCUAGCUAUUCAAGUCAAGGUAGUGGACCAGAUGAUAUAGAAUCUUUAGGUGAUGUAUACGUUUGGGGAGAAGUUUAUAGUGAUGGGAAUUUGAACGAGGGGUCUGUGACCUCUUUCCCUUCAAAAAGUGAUGUGCUUCUUCCUAAGCCCUUAGAGUCAACUGUAGUUCUAGAUGUACAUCAGAUUUCUUCUGGUUCUAGGCAUGCUGCUCUCGUAACCAGGCAAGGUGAGGUUUUCUCAUGGGGUGAACAAUUUGGUGGACGGCUUGGUCAUGGAAUUGAUAAAGAUUGCAGUUGUCCUCGUCUGGUUGAAUUUUUGGCAGUGAACAAUGUAGAAUAUAUUGCAUGCGGUGAGUAUCAUACAUGCGCUAUAUCUACGGCUGGUGAUCUAUUUACGUGGGGGGAUGGUACCUAUUUUGCAGGCCUUCUUGGUCAUUCCACUGAAGUUAGCCACUGGGCACCUAAAAGAGUUUCUGGUCCCAUAGAAGGACUUCAAGUUUUGUCUGUUGCGUGUGGGUCAUGGCACUCAGCACUGGCCACUACAAGUGGACAAUUGUUUACAUUUGGUAACGGGGCGUUUGGUGCUUUAGGCCAUGGGAAUCUUGAGAGUGUUUCAUACCCAAGAGAGGUUGAAGCUUUGAGCGGCUUUAAGGCUGUUAAGGUUGCAUGUGGUAUCUGGCACACUGCAGCUGUUGUAGAGGUUAUGGGUCAGCAAGGAACAGCCAUAUCUAGAAAGUUAUUCACGUGGGGUGGUGGUGACAAAUAUCGAUUAGGUCAUGGGGACAAGGAUGCUCGUCUGGUUCCUACAUGUGUCGCGCCACUUAUUGAUUACAAUUUCCUAACGAUGGCAUGUGGAGAAAAUAUAACUGUUGCCUUAACAACAUCAGGGCAUGUGUUUACCAUGGGAAGCACAGCUUAUGGUCAGUUAGGCAACCCAUUGUCUAAUGGUAAAUUACCAUGCUUGGUACAGGAUAAAUUAGUUGGUGAAUUUGUUGAAGAGGUUUCAUGCGGUGCAUGCCAUGUUGCGGUCCUAACAUCAAGAAGUGAAGUUUUCACCUGGGGUUGUGGUGCAAAUGGUAGACUGGGGCACGGGGAUACUGAUGAUCGCAAAGCUCCAACCCUAGUUGAAGCCCUUAGAGAGAGGCAUGUUAAAAGCAUUUCAUGUGGCUCGAAUUUCACUGCAAGCAUAUGCAUUCAUAAGUGGGUGUCAGGUGCAGACCAAUCGCUAUGUUCUGGCUGUAGGCAAGCAUUUGGUUUUACCAGAAAGAGACAUAACUGUUACCAUUGUGGUCUGGUGCAUUGCCAUGCUUGCAGUUCCAAAAAAGCCUCAAGAGCUGCAUUAGCUCCAAUUCCAGGAAAGCCACAUCGUGUAUGUGAUUCUUGUUAUACGAAACUUAAAGCAUCAGAAAAUGGCAGUGUCUCUUCCUCUAUUAGGAAGAAUUUAGGUCCUCGAAGAUCAAUGGACAUUAGGGAGAGGUUGGACAAACUGGAUCUAAGGCCUUCAAAGCCUCUAUUGUCUUCUGGUACAGAAGCACUGAAGCACCCUGAUGUCAGGUCAUUUAAGCAAGGUGGAGCAAAAUUUGAUUCUCUUUCGACAACAGGAGGUUCCCAAGUUUCGUCUCUCUCCCAACUUAAAGAUAUUUCUUUUCCAAGUUCAUUGAGCGCAAUUCAACAGGCUUUAAAGCCAGUUGCUACCUCUGCACCUCCUCAGCCUCAGGCUGCAGUACCUUCUAGACCGGCUUCACCAUAUGCGCGAAGGCCAAGUCCUCCACGCUCUGCCACUCCUGUAUUUUCUAAAAGUAUUAUUGAUAGCCUCAAGAAAACAAAUGAGCUUUUGAACCAAGAAGUCACGAGGUUGCAAAACCAGGUGAAGAGUUUGAAACAGAAAUAUGACACUCAAGAGGUAGAGCUACAGAAAUCACAAAUAAGAGCAGAGGAAGAAUCGUCCAAAUGUAUACAAGUGAUGGAAGUAAUCAAGGCUACCGCUGCCCAGUUGAAGGCCAUGACAGAAACGUUACCCGCGGAUGUGUAUGACAGUGAAACAUUAAGAGCCAUGCAUAGUCAAGUGGAAGCUCUGCUACAAACUAAUGGAAUGGACACAUCAAAAACAUCUUCCUUCCGGUUUAGAAGUUCAGGGGCUGACCAUCAACAUAUGGACAAGCCUCCUUUGGCCAACGGAUCUUUUAGACCAUCUACAUCUGCCAUCAUACCUCAUCAAAGCAAUGAGAAUGGUGUUACAACACCUAGGAUUUCAUCUGCUAAUACAGGAGUGGAAGUGACAGAACAAUUUGAAUCUGGUGUCUACAUAACUCUAGUUCAACUACUAAACGGCACCAAAAUUUUCAAACGUGUCAGAUUUAGUAAAAGAAAAUUUGAUGGGCAACAAGCAGCAGAGUGGUGGAAGGAGAACAGUCAUAGAGUGUUUAUGAAGUACACGAAUCUUGGGGGUGACAUUACUCAAAUUGGAUCCUCCAGCAAUGGGAAAACUGCUGAGCAAGAAGAUUUGGCGAGGCAUUCAGUAAACACAAAAGCUGGUGAGGAAGAAGAGCCAGGCACGCCUUCUGCCAAUGCAAAAACUGCGGAAGAAGAAGAGCCAGCGACACCUUCUGCAGACGGAAAAAGUACCAAAGAAGAAGAGCCCUCUGCAAAUGCAACAAGUGCUGAGGAAGAAGAGCCAGGGACACCUUCUGCAUACAGAAAAACUACCGAGGAAGAAGAUCCUUCUGCAAAUGCAACAAAUGCCGAGGAGGAUGUGGUGGAUAAGCCUUUGGCUGAUGAAACAACUGGUAAAGAAGAAGAAGCAAUGACACCUUCUGCCAAUGCCACUGGUGAUGAAGAAGAGGCAGGGCCAACUUCUGCCAAGGAAACGAGUGAGCCUGCACCACCUCCUGGAACCUAGCUUAUAUGACCGGAAUCCAUAUGGUGUUAUGGAUAUGAGAUUAGUCGGCUUGCCCUCAGCAGUACAGCUCGAGAUUCAUUUUUAACCCCAAAAAUUAGGUAGGUAAGCAGUUUUUGUCAUUUUCAUUUGAUUCAUCUCUCCUGCUGGAAAGUGUUGCAGCAAGGUACAGUUUCUUACUUGAACUAGAGCUCGUUACAAAUACAAGCAAAACAUUCCAACACAGAUAAGAUGCAUAACCUAACUAAUCAACCCAUACAUUGAUGACAGAGCAGGCACAAGUUCAGAAAAUAUUCCUUCAUAAUAACUGUUCAAAAAACAGUUGGCAAAAUCGGAGAUUAAUAAAAUCUUGAAUCAUAGAAAGGGGCACCUAAAUCAUUCUUUCACCACCAAAUAUUUCAGUUUUUACUGAACUCCUGGCCACAGUUCACAUAAUCAUACACAUUAACUCUGUCGCUGGAGCAACAUGUAUGAACAAUGAUGCUCAGAAAAGAAUCCUUGUUUUGGCCAUGUAGCAGAAGCUGCCAAAAGACAUGGAAAGCAGUUACGGUUCAUGGGAGUUUGACAGACCUUGGGGGGAAGCUAUUUUCCCAAACCGGCCCACUUAUAAAGUACCUGCCAUCGGUACCUGUCCA